AUGACAAUAAAACUUCAUGGAAGCCCCUUCUCCACAGCCACCAUGCGAGCUACUGCUUCCCUGUACGAGAAGGAGGUUGAAUUUGAGUUUGUUCACGUUGACAUGAAAAAUGGUGAACACAAAAAGGAACCCUUCAUUUUGCUCAAUCCAUUUGGGCAAGUUCCAGCGUUUGAAGAUGGAGAUUUGAAGCUCUUUGAAUCAAGGGCAAUAACUCAAUAUAUUGUUCAUGAGUAUGCUGAAAAGGGGACCCAACUGAUAUGCAACGAGUCGAAGAAGAUGGCAAUGGUGAGAAUGUGGAUGGAAAUAGAGAGCCAAAAGUACGAUCAAGCAGCUUCAAAACUUGUAUGGGAGCUUGCAGUAAAGCCUAUGUAUGGGAUUCCAACAGAUCAAGCAGCUGUAGAAGAGACAGAAGGGAAACUAGGUAGUAUUCUUGAUUUCUACGAGAAAACACUGUCUCAAAACAAAUACUUGGCAGGUGAGUGCUUCACCUUGGCGGAUCUGCAUCACCUUCCCACCAUUCAUUACUUGAUGAACACACCGAGCAAGAAGUUGUUUGAAUCACGACCACAUGUUACUGCAUGGAUUGCUGAUAUUACUGCAAGACCAGCUUGGUCUAAGGUUCUUGCCAUGCAGCCAAAUCUAAGCAGUAAAUAG